AUUAACUGCUGUACCCGAUGUUUAUCGCAUUUAUUUUAUUUUCAGCGUAACUCAUUCAUUUCUUUAAAAUCGAUGACGUCACGACUACGAGUGUUCCCGGAACUCUGUUCCGUACUUACGAGAAGAUUUCAUUCUGGUCGUUCUUUAUUCUCUGAUUUGUGUCACAUUUAUAAACACGGAACAUCAAACAAAUCAUAAAUCAGUCAAAUAAUUAUUAUUAAAUCUGUUGUUCCGCCUUCUUUCUCUGAAUGUUUAUGGUCUGGUUGUAGUCUACGUCGUUGUUUGUUUAUGACCCACAGAUAGUACGAAAUCUGGCCAGUGUCUGUGAAUCACAAGUUUUCACAAUAGUUAGAUAAAGUAUGUCAAUUUAUUGAUUGUAAAUAAAAAUUAAUAAUGGCAGAGGCUACAAGUGACGAGACAAAGGCUGGAAACUCAAAAGAAAAAGGUGACCCUAUUGAAUGUGCUGUUUGUUUACAACCUUGCAUACAUCCCGCCCAACUUCCUUGUGGUCACAUUUUUUGCUUCUUGUGUGUGAAGGGAUUUGCUAAUCAGAGCAAGAAAUGUGCAAUGUGUCGACAAGAAAUACCGAGAGAUUUCAUAGAACAACCCAUCCUUCUACAUUCCGCCACAGAAGAGACAACAGAUUCAUUUGAUGGAGGCUACCAGUGGUUUUAUGAAGGAAGAAAUGGUUGGUGGCAGUACGACGAAAGGACGAGUAAUGAGUUGGAAUCGUCUUAUAAAAAUGGAGAGAAAACAUGUGAACUAUUAAUUGCUGGAUUUUUAUAUAUAAUCGAUUUAGAAAAUAUGCUUCAACUCCGCAGAAACGAUCCUUCUCGAAGAAGGAAAAUAAAGCGAGACUCUGCCAAUAUACCAAGAAAAGGUAUUGCAGGAUUACGCACUAAAAAUGAAAUUUCCAAUGUGGUUACUACUGCAUCAACGGAAAUCCAUGUGAACCAUAUUAGGCCUAACAGUCCGGUUGAAGGAAGGACAGAUAAUAUAGUACCUAUUACCCCAUCAAACACUCCACAGAGUCCCACAAGUGGUCGUGAAUCCCCUCACCAAGAAGAAGAUUUACAAGCAACUGUGGAAAGGAUAAGUUCAUUGCGAUUGAGUGCCAGCCCUACAAGAAGCAACGCCGAAGACAGCGAAGAGGUUCAACCUAGCAGGUCUUCCAGAAGUUUGUAUUACAGACACAGAAGUGUUGACUAAUGUAGUUAUUUUGUAUUAUAAUUAUAUUUUAUUUAAAAAAUACAAUACUUUUUUUAAAUGCAACUAUUGCGACAAAACAACAGGGUAUAUUUAAAAUUGGAUGAUUAACAUA